CGAAUUAAACAAUUGAACAGUCUCAGUUCGCAGCUCAAAUUGGAAAUAAGCGGCAAACAGCAUACGCUCCCCAAAUCGCCAGUACGACACAUAAUAAUAAUACUAAUAAUAAUAAGUGACCAGCUGUUUGCAUUCGCGUGUUUUGAAGAGCUAUUUAUAUUUUAAAAACGAUUCAGCAUAACCAUGAGAUUGGUGAUUUUGGAGACGAGCGAUUCGGUGGGCAAGUGGGCGGCCAAAUAUGUGAUGAAGCGUAUAAAUGACUUCCAGCCGAGUGCCGACAGAUACUUUGUUUUAGGCCUGCCUACUGGAUCCACUCCACUGGGAAUGUACAAGGAACUGAUUGAGUUCCACAAACAGGGCAAGGUCUCUUUCCAAUUUGUAAAAACUUUUAACAUGGAUGAGUAUGUGGGCCUUCCCAGGGAUCAUCAAGAAAGCUACCACUACUUCAUGUGGCACAACUUCUUCAAGCACAUCGACAUCGAGCCCAAGAAUGUGCACAUUUUGGAUGGCAAUGCAGCUGAUCUGGUGGCCGAGUGCAAUAAGUUCGAGGAUCAGAUCCGCGAAGCAGGAGGAGUGGAGCUAUUUAUCGGUGGCAUUGGACCCGACGGGCAUAUUGCCUUCAAUGAACCCGGAUCAUCGUUGGUUUCCAGGACCCGGGUGAAAACGCUGGCGCAGGACACGCUGGAGGCGAAUGCCCGAUUCUUUGACAACGACAUGAGCAAGGUGCCCAAACAGGCUCUAACCGUGGGCGUGGGCACGGUGAUGGACUCCAAGGAGGUGAUGAUCCUCAUCACGGGAGCCCACAAGGCAUUUGCCCUCUACAAGGCCAUCGAGGAGGGGGUGAACCACAUGUGGACCGUGAGUGCCUUCCAGCAGCACGCCAAUACGCUGAUGAUCUGCGACGAGGACGCCACUUUGGAGCUGAGAGUUAAGACCGUGAAAUACUUUAAGGGAAUUCUCAGAGAUCUAGACGAUGGCUCCCAACAGGAGGGCUACACAAACUGAUUUUGCAGCCUAAUGGACGUUCAUUCCAAGCUGAUAGAGCAACAAAAGACGACGUAGCCCCAGAAAAUCAAGACAUUAAACGUAGAUCCAGACACCAUCAUGCCCUGCAGUAUAGGUUUUUAAAUCAAAAUCAAACUAAUUUUUCUAUAAUAAAUGUAUAUUUUUUAUGUUACAGUUUCAAGUUUUAUAAAAUUUUGAGAUAAAAUGAUUUAUUGCUAAGAAAAUAAGACAACAGUUAA